AUGCCUUUAGAGCUCGAACACCCUCAAAACAUCACUGCUCCAGCUCUUCUUCCUCUUCCUCUUCCUUCUCCGGCUCCGGCUCCUCCUCCUCCUCCUCCAAGCUCCAAACCUGUGCUUCCUAUGGAUGAAUCCCCCAAUACAGGCCUGGUUAACAAGCCAAUCCCACUGAUGUCCCUUGUGGUUGACCCCAUCCUCCCUCCAGGACCUGCUAACAGGCUGCAGCAGUCUCCCAGUUCUCCUGGUCAAAGGGCGUCAGUAACCGAACAGAGACCACCCACUAAGUCAAUUAUGAAAAAGCUUCCAGAACGUCCCAGCCGCUGGGACUUGGUACCCACCCAGACUUCAUCUGAGAUGCGUUUGGGAGAACGUUCCAAUCAACCACUUCAAAGAGAAGAAUUCUUCCCUUCCAGAGAACGUAUUGAUGACACCAGAAACUUACCAUCAAGAUUCCCACCACCUGAAAGAGAAGAAUUCUUCCCUUCCAGAGAACGUAGUGAUGAAACCAGACAGGUAUCCUCAAGAUUUCCACCAUCUGAAAGAGAAGAAUUGUACCCUUCCAGAGAACGUAGUGAUGACACCAGACACAUAUCAACAAGAUUUCCACCAUCUGAAAGAGAAGAAUUGUACCCUUCCAGAGAACGUAGUGAUGACACCAGAAACUUAUCAACAAAAUUUCCACCAUCUGAAAGAGAAGAAUUGUACUUUUCCAGAGAACGUAGUGAUGACACCAGACCCGUAUCAACAAGAUUUCCACCAUCUGAAAGAAAAGAAUUGUACCCUUCCAGAGAACGUAGUGAUGACACCAGAAACGUAUCAACAAGAUUUCCACCAUCUGAAAGAGAAUUGUACCCUUCCAGAGAACGUAGUGAUGACACCAGAAACGUAUCAACAAGAUUUCCACCAUCUGAAAGAGAAGAAUUCUACCCUUCCAGAGAACGUAGUGAUGACACCAGAAACGUAUCAACAAGAUUUCCACCAUCUGAAAGAGAAGAAUUGUACCCUUCCAGAGAACGUAGUGAUGACACCAGAAACGUAUCAACAAAAUUUCCACCAUCUGAAAGAGAAGAAUUGUACUUUUCCAGAGAACGUAGUGAUGAUAGCAGACCCGUAUCAACAAGAUUUCCACCAUCUGAAAGAGAAGAAUUGUACCCUUCCAGAGAACGUGGUGAUGACACCAGACACGUAUCAACAAGAUUUCCACCAUCUGAAAGAGAAGAAUUAUACCCUUCCAGAGAACGUAUCGAUGAAAUUGCAGGACGUCCCAGCCGCUGGGAACCGGCAUCCAUCCAGACUUCAUCUGAUAUGCGUCUGGGAGAACGUUCCAAUCAACCACUUCAAAGAGAAGAAUUCUUCCCUUCCAGAGAACGUAGCGAUGAUACCAGAAACUUGCCAUCUAGAUUCCCACCACCUGAAAGAAAAGAACUCUUCCCUUCAAGAGAGCGUAGUGAUGGCCUUCGAAACUUACCAUCAAGUUUCCCACCACCUAAAAGAGAAGAAUUCUUCCCUUCAAGAGAGCGCAGUGAUGACACCAGACACGGAUCAACAAGAUUCCCACCAUCUGAAAGAGAAGAAUUCAACCCUUCCAGAGAACGUAUCGAUGACACCAGAAACUUACCAUCAAGAUUCCCCCCACACAGGGGCUCCAUGAAAUACUGACCUCCAUGAUUUCUUUCUCGGAGGCAUCCUGACCCUGACCACCAUCAUGACACGACUACUAACCAAGGAACACAAGACUAUAUGGGGAAAGCAGGAAUUCCUUUUUGAUGUAUAAUAUGUUUAAGGUAUAAAAGUAGCCUGUUUUGUUUGUGUCAUGACAGGGUUAGCUUUACUGCACCUGUCCCGGGAAGGAAAGGGGCAAUAUGAGGGCUGACACCUUCUUAAAAUUUCAUUUGCAUGGCUUCAGUAAUACACACACCUGGACCCAAGCAUGCAACAAAAUAAGAGAAAAAUCGGCUGUUGUAGGUGAAAGCCAGAGCUUAGCGGUAAUGGCCAGGCACCUAGUAUUUCCAAAAGGAGAUGUCAGCAGUGGCAGUAUGUCUGAUGAACUGUUUGCUUUGACCGCUUGAGGGUUUCUAAUGUAAGAGAUGCGCCAGUAAAAAAAA